AUGGACAGAGGUGAGUGUAUGUCUUUGUGGUGUGAGGAGGUGGAGGAUGACCACAGCCAGACUGAAACACAGAACCAGCUCCAAGUUGGGGGUUCUUCUCAGCUGCGAGCUGCAUGGGACCCCAGUGUGUCAGGGCACCGAGUGAUCCAAAGGCUGCUCCACAUGGAGGAGAGGUACAUGCCCUCAACCCUCUACAUCACCCUCAUUCAGAGGGACCCAGAGCACAGGGAGGAGCUUGCCAAAUGGGCCCUUGAGGUAUGAAACACACUCUCAGGAUCCACUUUCUCUUUGGCUGGUUUAUACCUUCCUGAGAGCGGUAACACUGAAGUCUCACUAACCCUUUUUCCUCUUUUCAGGUGUGCUGUGAUUGUGGCUGUGAUGAAGCCGUCUUCCCUCUGGCUGUCUCCCUCUUGGACAGAUUCCUGUCUAACUCUCUCUCUCUACCCAUCUCACCGUACUGCCUGGCUGCUGGCUGCAUCCUCAUUGCCUCCAAACUUACAGAGUGUGACAACGUGACGGCCGACACGCUCUGUGCUGCAGCUGAAUACAGCUUCCAACCUUCAAACCUGCGGGUGAGUCAGACACACAAUAUGCACAAGUCUGAGUUAAAACCAUGACUGUUUAAUCCCUGGAGCUAAGUUUCUGCUGUACUUGUCUGGACACUUCUAUCAUCUGACUUUUAAGCUCACUUAUAGGGUCCAGUCUGAGCCCACAAACCCAAUUUAACCCUUGAUUUGCACACAUUUUUAUGACCUUUUUUAUCCUCCUAUACACAUACUUCCACUGAAAUAGACAAAAAUGGUGCCUUGAGGAUCAUAAUGCUUGGAGAUUUUGCACCUUUUGCUGAUUGUGAUACGUUUUCACAUCCACAAACCUGAUGGCAACUAACUUAAAACUAUACCUCACUGCCUAAAAUUUUUCUCUAAUAAGUAAAUUUACACAUUUUCUGGUUUGUUUUGACUUUUUAAUCAAGAUUUUGCUCUAAAAAUGUGAUCAGUUAUUAAAGGCAGGACUCAACCAUCAUCACUUGCUACUUUUUAAAGUUUGUAUUAAGUUCUGGUGUCAUCUGGAAACAGGCUUUGUUUUUGAACUCUAUGUGAUUAAUGACAAACAAACGAGAUAAGCAGGGGUGAAUGAGUGUGUGUCAGGGUUAUGUGAUCACAUUGAGGUGCAGCACACCUUUUCUCUUCUUUUAAACCUUCAGUGGAUAGGACAGCUGAAGACAUUUAAUAAACUGGGAAUGUGGUACAAUCACUAUGUGGAAGUUAGUCAACUAUCAAAAAGAGUUGCUGUUAUUAUCUGUUGUCAUAUUUCAUUUUUAAUUGCUUGACAAGAUUACAGGAUUUUUUUGUCAAACAAAAACAUUUCUAGAAGGGAAAUAAGCAGUACCGUUCUGUCCACAGGGGGCGCCAACAAGUUUAACUCCAUAUUCCAGCACUAACUCUGUACUCAUUAAAUACCAAUGCCUUCAUUCAAUUCUACACUGAGAAAAAAAAACAAAUUACAUUUUGUCUUGGACCAAAAAAAGUUGAGUCUUGCCAGCAUAACUCUGACUGGCUUUCUCUUCUCUAGGAAAUGGAGAGGGUCAUCCUCGCCACUCUCCGCUGGGACACAGCAGCAGUGACUCCUCAGGACUUCUUCCCACAUUUUCUCGCCUCUGUCAUGGAGGACACAGGAGACAGAAACAACAGUGAGUCGGGGAGGGAGCUGCUCUCCACCCUGCGACGGCACAGUGACACGCUGGCCGCCAUGUGUGCCUGCGACUCCCGCUUCCUGGGAGCUCCUCCAUCACUUGUUGCUGCUGCAUCACUGAACUGCGCCCUGAGAGGACUGGGGAGUAAGAGCCCCACUCAACUGGCUUUGAUGGGAGAAGCACUGGCCGAGCUCUGUCAGACUGAUCUGGUGAGUGAAUAGAGCUUAAACAUUUUAAACCCUGUUGAUUUUAUUGAAUUUGAAUUGAUAAUGAAGAGGUCCAGAAUUCAGGGAUGCUCAGACUUAAGCAAACCAACUUUUUCCGAGAGGAAUCUGUCAUACUGCACAUGAAUAAAAUAAAAUAAAAUAAAAUAAAGGCUUGAAGCUUAAACUAUGUGUCUUGUAUCCCAGGCCGUGCUGCAGUGCUACAGUGAGAUGAUCGAGUACGCUCUCCGACAGCGGCUGAGAAGUGGGCUUCAGCAGGGUCCCACGGAAAAAGGUCAAGAGGUGGAGACAGAAAGGCCCGGCACACCCACUGACAUGAGAGACAUUGAUUUCUAAACUCUCCAUCGACCACGGCAAAGAGAGUGUGAAUCAAUCCAACAGCUCUCAAGUCCAUCAGUCAAACUGAUAUAAAUUCAUUAUGACCUCAAAAAUGCUCUGACGUUUUCUUAUAUUUUUGAAAUUGUAUCAACUUAUUUAUCUUUUUAUUUAUUUAUAAGCAAGUUUUUUAACUGUGUUUUUCAUGUGCCAUAUUUUAUUAUCUAUUUCAAUGAAUUUUAUUCAAUGCUUUCAUGUUUUUAAUGCAUUAUAUUUAUUCUUUAUAUUUAUUAUCACGUGCAAUUGUUGACUAAUUCAUGCUAAUUUAUUUCAGCUUGCCAUAACUUUAUGUUUUUGUACCGAUUUAUAUACGACAAGUCUAUUUUUCACAGCAAUUAAACGUUAAAAACGUUUGUAUUCUUUUUGUAUUCUUUAUUGUGGGACAAUGCUGCCUUCUUAUGCGGUAGUAACUUUGGGUACUCCAAACCAAAGCUUUGAAAUAACUUUGGUCGCUCAUACCAACUAAUUGACAUAAGUAAAUAUUUAUGAUUUCUACAUAGUGACCUGCCGAAUUUGAUAUAUUGUAGGUUUGUACUUAUUUCACCAACAAAACAACAUUUCGGUUAUAACCCCAGACUAUUACUGGGCGUAGCAAAGGAAAAAAUGAAAAGGUAGAUAUCCGACAGUCUGUGAACGCAUCACGGUAGACAGCGGCUGCAUUCUUGUGACGUCAAUCUUAUCCGACGCAAAUACAGAUCGUGCUCGGAGCAGUGGAUCUGAUAUCAGAAAUAAACUUGCGGUAAGAGCCAGGAUUUUUAAAGUUCCGGAUUCAUUUCGAGUUACAUUUGAUGGUGUCAAACAUCAGAAUUUCUGUGAUGAAAAUAUUUUUUUGUGAAUCUGCAUGUUUAUAAGAGGGACAGCAUAGCAAGAUCUGUGCUAACACCUAAAAAGAGCUUAGGCAAAGGGGCAUAACAAGACAAGACCCCGCUUUUAAAUCGUAAAUUGUCUCAGUGUAAGAGUCAUGAUGGGAGUUUUAUUUUAAACAAGGCAGAGAGAUUUAUUUGUAAGGUCUGUCUUAUUUCACUAUUUCACAGCUUAUUACACACUAAGAAAGGUCAACAUCUGCGUCGAGUGCUCCCCGGAUCUGCAUCCGCAUGUCUUUUGUGAGGUAGUUAGGUCACCAGCUUAAUAAAUCAAACAGAAUAUAUGUCCCACUGCAAACAGUGUUAGUUAUUCCAGGAUUUUCACUCGUGUCAUCUUGAACUAGUCUCUUCGUUGGAUUUGUGUGCCUAUGUGUCGGAUCAGAAUUAUCACUACACCAAACUUCACUUUUAAAAUUUUAUUUCGGUCUUCACAAAUUAAGACAAUAAAUAAAUAAAAGUAUAAAACAACAAAACAAACAAGUUUUGAUGGUAUCUUAGUGUCUUGGUAAAUUCGGCGCAUAGUAUAAACACUUGUCACCCACUAAUUGUAGUAAUCAUGUUAGUAUCGCCUCAUUUAUGUAAAGCGAAAGUAGCUCUGUUCUCUGUGUCAUGUAUGAUAUGAGCCGAGUUAGUAAUUAAGAAGCAUCGUCUGGGCAGAGACAGCAGGCUGUGAACAGAAACCUCAGAUGUAUUAUGUAAACCCAAAACAACUUAAAACAGUUUGGUCUGGAAAAAUUACCACUGAGUUGCAUCACCCUCUUCUAUUAAUCAGAAUACUUUAUUUAUCCACCAGGGCCAUUACAGCAUUGCUCUUGAAAUACAACUAUUGGAAGGACAAUAGAAAGAGGAAUAAAUAACAUUAAAUAAGAAAGUGUGAUGGUUAGUAGAAAGUGAAGAAUAUCAGAAAUAAAGCUAUUUACAUAGAGAAAUGUGAUAUGUACAAGCAUAAAGAGUGGCAACAAAACCAGUUUUUAAUGUAAGAUAUUGCACAGAGUAUUAUACAGUUUAAUAAAGUAUUGCAUAAUUAAACAAUAUUUCACAGUUUAGCUUAAUAAACAAUGUUAUUAUCAGUAUUGCACUCUUAAAUUAUUGAAGUUUUGACUGGCUUACAAACAGAUUGCACCGUUGAAAGUAAUUAUGAAGUGGAGAAGCUUACAGCUACUACAAUAGUAAUACUUAGUCAAGAGACAGUCACAGAGUGUGAUACUCAGAGAGAGGAGAUAGAAAGUUUGACGGCCACAGGUAAGAAUGACUUUCUGUGACACUCUGCUGUUCAUUUAGGGGAAAUAGAACAUAAAUUUUUCUCCCCCCUGCUUGCGAUGUUGACAUGUAGUUAUUGUAAGACUAGUUUGUGCUCAAGUCCUCUUUUUUCUGUGAAGCUUCGUUUUCAAAAGUUAUUAGGGGGUUCAUGUUUUCUAUGAUUGACACCUGGUACAGCCUAUGGAUGUUCAGGGAUUGCAUAGCUUUCCCGGGGGAUUCGCUGUUUGAACCGAGUGUCAUCACAGCGACUCUCUGCGACUGUGCGGCCGAAUGCGCGCAUCGCUACUGCGCAGCGCUGGUUUCAGGAAAUGAAGAAAAAUCCCGGAAAUACUGAGAGCUUUUUGGCUUCAAAUCCGUAUACAGGCGGUAGGCGGAACCAAGUUGUCCAUAGUAUAUACAGUCUAUGGUUCAGCUUUACAAUUGGCGGCUCACGUAAAAAAAAAGAGAGAAGCGGAGAGGCAGCGCUCCAGAGCGCAAGCGAUUUCACUGCGCGUGCUGUGUGAACAGUCACAUAGGUUAACACGGGCACCGAUCCGAAACUCAGUGCUUCUGCUUCCGUGCGUGGCGCUUCCUGUGUGAACCAGGCGUCAGAUGUGUAAACUAGCCAUGGGCACUUGUGCAGUCCUAUAGCAGUGGGGAAGUUAGCUUUUGAACUGUGAACUGAUAAUAAGCAGUAGGGGUGGGAAUCACUAGUGGCCCCACAUUACGAUAUUAUCACGAUACAAUAUUAUUGCGAUUUUCAACAUUUUGCAAAACAGUGAGUAUUGCGAUACAAUAUAUUGCGAUUUAUACUAUUUUUUUCAACUGUUUGGCUAAUUUAGCAUUUGGCUUACCUUUAUGUUUGUCUUAUUUACGCUGUAUUUUAUUUUCAUGUUGCAUAAUUUGCAAACCUUUUAAAAAUAUAUUUGUUGCGCUAACUUUCUCCUGCUCUAUGAUGUCACCUCUACCAACCUCACUGGACAAACAGUUAAUUUUAUUUUUCCAUUUAAACUUGACUUCAUAUUAGUAAUUAAUUUGAAAAAUUGAUACUUGGUAAAUGAGACAAUAUGAUAAAUCACCAGACAAAAUAGUGCCUCCUCUAGCAAGAGCAAAGGAUACAGCUCCCAUGAUUUCCCAGAGGACUGUCAAAUUUGGAUUCAUCAGCGUAACAGAGAGUUAUCCACUCAGCUUUUGUCCAUCUAGGCCCAGAGAAGUUCUAAGUAUUUCUGGAUCAUGUUUCCAUGUGGUUUCCUCCCUACAUAGUACAGUUUUACCCUGCAUUCACAGAUGCAACAAGAAAUUGUGCUCACAAUGGUUUUUUUGAAGUGAUUCUUAGCCCAUGCAGGGAUUUCCACUGCAGAGUCGUGUCUGUAAUUCAGCUGCCUGGUUAUGGUCAUCUAGUAUCAGGCCUUACACCUUUUCUACAUCCUCCAGAUUCUCUGAAUGAUUCAACCCACUGGUGCUGAGUAAAUCUUCAAACCUUUGCAAUUUCAUGCUGAAAGAUAUAAGUUGGGCAUUGCCAAAGUGUUUUUUCACGCAGCCCCUUUCAGAGUGGUGAAUCUUCUUUCAUCUUCAUUUCUGAGGGACGUUAUUCCACUGUCCUUUUUAUAUCCAGUCACAUGACUAACCUAUUGAUUAACAUAAUCAACUGGGAGAUGUUCCUUUAGGUGGUUUUAGCAUUACACCGCUUUUUCUGUGUUUUGUUGUUCCUGUCCGAACUGUUUAAAAACAUGUCGGUGGCAUCACUGAGCAUGCAGUUUUUCAUUCAGCAAUAACAUGUUCCGUUUUAACAUCUUCUAUUUUGUAUUUGCACCAUUUUCUAUGAAAUGAAUUGUUCAUAUGAUUCACAAACCGUCAAGUUCAAGAGAACAAAUAUUUGUGGACUAUGAUGAUACCAAAGGAGCAACACUGGUAUGACUAUAAGAGAGGGCUGAGAUUCUGCCUAACACCCUCAUAUUGGCCAGCUUUUAUUCAUGCUCAUUUCAUUUGCUGCAGUGUUUUUCAAUCAGAGUUUUUCAUGCAGUGCUCUGUGAUAUAAUAUUCAUUGUCUCUCACAGGAGGAUGAACUUAAAACCUGGCUGGCUGCUGCUUCUAUCCAUCUGUGCCGGGGUUUGGUCGGUGCCUAUAGAUCGCAAUGUAGGCCAAGAGGAAGCUAAAGAGGAGGUGCAGGAGGACAAUGGGGUAAUGUAGUCUCAGUUGACUUGGUCAUCAUCUGUUAGUGCAUGCAUAAAAACUCAUCUAAAGCCUAAAAGCCACAGGAUGCGUGUUUUCCGUGUUCUUUCAGCAUUGCAUCAUGAUAUCAUGAUGCUCACUACAGUCCUAUCCUAAUCAACAAUCUUUCUUUCCCCUCACCCCUGCAGGACACCGGCCUAUACUACGACAGGUAUCUCAGAGAGGUGAUAGAGGUUCUGGAGACCGACCCUCACUUCAGAGAGAAACUGCAAACAGCAAACACAGAGGACAUUAAGGUAAACUUUCAUCUCCUCCCCUCACACUCAAAGGUCAUUGGUUUACCUCUUUGACCACUCUUUUACCUGCUGUUGUCUUGUGCUCCCUGUUAGAACGGUCGCCUGAGUAAAGAGCUGGACCUGGUCAGUCACCAUGUCCGGACUCGCCUGGAUGAGCUGAAACGUCAGGAGGUUUCUCGUCUGAGGAUGCUGCUCAAGGCCAAACUAGACAGCACCAAUGUUCAGAGUGAGUGAGCGUGGGAGUUUUUGCCUAUGUGGUAGAUCACAUUCAAGAUCCUGGGUGGAUCUUCAAUGUGGAUCCUUUUGUCAUAUUGUGCAGUCCUCAUGUUUAUGCUUAUGUCUUCUGCUUGUAACUCUUGUGCUUGAAGUUUGUUUAUUUAUAAUAUGUCUCUUAAAGCAGAUUAGAUUUGUUUACAGACAUGUAAUAAAAGUAUAUGCUUCAUUUCAGUAUUUAAAGCUGUUACUCAUAGCUUUAACUUUAACUUUAGUCAUAGCUGCACAGAAGCAUUAAAGGUAUAUUCUGGUGUAAAUUUAAGUCAUGGUCUAACACACCGUAACACCGAGUUAGACCCCCCUCCAGAGAUGAAUGUUGCCGACUGCUUGCUUCUCCAGUUAUACCAACUUCAGUAAUGACCACACGGUAGCAAUACACAGCAGUCUAUGGAGCCACGUGCUCACCUCAACCAAAAAGCCACUCUAUAGUCACAAAUAAUACUCAGAACAACACCUGACUUCAUCAACAGUACAUAUAGGGUCCCAGCCAUAGAACUAGCCACCAAACAUCUUUUUAGCUUUACCUGGUUUCUUUAGCAAAGGGACUAAACACAACUCACCCACUCUGCUCUGGCAGCCACUUGUUUUUAGGGGAGCCCUGACGAGUCGAUCACCAAGUCCAGCGGAAAAUGUAUGAUUAUUACUGAAUGGAAAUGCAAUCAGAGCGAGACGCAAAGGCAGAAGAUCUACCGUAUCUGCAGUGGACACACAAGAUAGACAAGAGCUCUGAUUGCAUUUCCAUGAAGUAAUAAUCAGAAAUGUUCUUCCUUGAGCUGCGAAACUCCACUGCACUUGGUGAUCGACUCGUCAGGGCUCACCCACAAACUAGAGGCUGCUGGAAGAGAGUGGGUGAGUUGUGUUUGGUCUCUUUGCUAAAAAAAACAGGCAAAGCUAAAAAGAUGUUUUGUGGCUAGUACUAUGGCUGGGACCCUAUAUGUACUGUUGAUGAAGUUAGGUGCUGUUCGGAGCAUUAUUUGUGGCUAUAGAGUGGCUUUUUGGUUGAGGUUUGCACGUGGAGACGUAGACUGCUGUAUAUUGCUAUCGUGCGGUCGUUGCUGAAGUUGAUAUAACUAGAGAACCAAGCAGUCGGCAACAUUCAUCUCUCAAGGCAGUGUCUAACUCGGUGUUUGACCAUAACUUCAACAUACGCGGGAAUAUCCUUUUAAGCACAAAAGAUGAUAGAUGACAAACCUUUGACAUUUCAUGCCUGUUCUUUCAGCCCUGCAGAUGGACCACGCCUCUCUGCUGAAGCAGUUUGAACACCUGGAUCACCAUAACCAAAACUUUGAGGCCAAAGACCUGGAGCUGCUUAUUUCAACUGUGAGUUUCUUCAGAGAUCGAUUUUAAAAAACAGACUCAAAGGCUGAAAAAUAACCCUCUCUAGCUGGUGAUGUGUUUAUAAGUUCUGAUAAGAUUUCAAACCAUAAACAUGAUCAGACUUAAGCAGGCUACAAAGCCACUAACCAAAACAUUUGACACAUAUCCAAACCCAAGAUGACAGUAUUGUUUUCAUCUUUGUUCAGGCCACCAAAGACCUGGAGAACUAUGAUGCUGAGAGGCAUGAAGAGUUCAAACGUUACGAGAUGCUGAAGGAGCACGAGAGACGGGAGUACCUGAAAGGUCUGGACCAGGAGAAAAGGGAGAAGGAGGAGAAGAGAAUGCAGGAGCUCAAGGACAAACACCGGCAGCAUCCAAAAGUCAAUGCCCCGGUAUGCACAAAUGUUACAUCUAAAUCACUGAGUUAGUCUCAUUGUGUGAAUCUUCCAUUAACACUUCUUCUCCAUCACACGCUCAGGGAAGUGUUGCUCAGCUGAGGGAGGUUUGGGAGGAGACAGAUGGACUGGAUCCUCAGGAGUUCAACCCCAAAACAUUUUUUAAACUGCACGGUAAGUGACUACUCUUUAUCUAUAGCCUGCCUCUCUAUAUCUGUUCACCAGGGUCUGAGUUUGUUAAUAAGACAGUGUACUGGUUUCUUUUUGGAGCUGGUUGUAGCUAAUGUGACCAAAGUGAAGCCUCUUAGUGAUUUACUGCAUAGUGAAACUGGGACCCUUCAGAAAUAGAUGAACGGGAGCCUUUCAGAACAGUCUAAUGGACCAGGACAUGCCUGUUUUUUGCAGAUAUUGCGAGGGCCAGUUUGAUUUAAUUUUGAUGUGAACAUGAAGUCACAGAGUUGCUGAAACAAAGCAGCAGACAAAGAAGAUAGUCCUAGCUGGGAGUUGUUUCCUAACUCACCAUCAGCUACUGGAGUUCCCAAAAAAGUUAUCCAUCACCCCAGAGACACAAGUCACCUGACAGUGGAUGGAUUCUGGGAUUACAUGUCAAGGGGUUAAAGCACAAAUUGAUUUCCUGUUUUUUUUUUUUAGAUACAAAUGAAGAUGGAGUUUUAGACGAGCAGGAGUUGGAGGCUCUCUUCACCAAAGAGGUUUGAUUUUCUGCAGCACCUCAUAGCUUUUUAAAUUCUGCUUCAGAUCUGAUUUUUACUUGUUUGCUAUGCUGUGACAGAAGGUCUAAUCUGGAUGAUCAUCAGUUUGAGAUUACAGCUGUUUUGUCCGUUUGUGGACACUAUUUUGAAAAAAGUUGCAGCUAACAUCUUUUUUUUUUCUCCAUCCAGCUGGAGAAGGUCUACGACCCAAAGAACGAGGAAGAUGAUAUGAUGGAAAUGGAGGAGGAGAGACUGAGGAUGAGGGAACAUGUUAUGAAGAAUGUGAGUUCUUAUUAUCAGUCAGUUUUCUUAUUCGCCACACAACACUCUUCAGACUUUAGUCUUACUCUGCUUUCUGCUGAAUCUUCUUGUGUUUCCGUGUCAAAAGGUGGAUACAAAUAAAGAUCGUCUCGUCAGCCUGGAAGAGUUCCUCAAAUCCACAGAGAAAAAGGAGUUCAAUAAUCCUAAAGAGUGGGAGGUAAAAAAAACAAAUGUGGAGCUAAGGUUGGGGAGACUGGGCAAGGGACUGGAGGGAUGUGGUGGUUCAAGGGCAGAGCAAGCUGGGAAAAUAUGGGUAGUGAAAUUUAAGUGGAAGAAGCCUCCUAUCUCCCACUCUUUAAACAAGUGAACACUCUCACUACAAGUGAUGUGGAUACUUGACGAUGGACUUAAAUUUAAAGUACCCAAAACCAUUGGUCCCAGGAACCACUUUUUAAGGAGCCUUGGCUCUUAUGGAAACAUUUUUCCAUAUAUGUGGACACUUUCUGGUACAUUCCUUUAGACAGUCACUGAGGGUGUAGUACCAGCCAUUCAUGUUGUUACAUACCUAUUAUUCUGUUCAAUUCAACUUACUUCUUGUUCAGUUCACAUCCAUGCUAGCCAGAGAAUCACAGAUGACAGUGCCCAGUAGAAUAGUAAAUGUCUGUUUGGUAACUGUGUUGUACUUUGUGGUGGCUCUGUCUCUGUUUUCUUCAGUUUGGUUGAUGUCUCUUUGAAUUAGCUUUGUGUUUUAACAUCCCUCACUAGUUUCUGUGCUACUUUCCUCCUGUCUUCUCUUUUGGUGACUGGUCAGCCAGUAACCACGAUGGGGAGUUUUUGUUUUUCCAAAUAACUGAAUAAAGUAUAAAUGAAUUCUGUUGUUGAGCAUUUCUAUCAGAGAUGUUCUUUUCACACUGUCAACCGGAAGAGGUGAAAUCAUGGAUGUGUCAGAUUUCUUCUUCAGAUCAUUUGAUAUGAUGUUUAUGAUCCAGUUACCCUUGCUAUGGGGUUUUGACCACUCAGAAUUAAGUAUGUGGCAUGGAUGGGUGACCAGUGAGAAAGUCUGGUAAAAAUAUGACUGUAAAUUAGUUGUAUUGAAAAAACUCCCUCUUUCUCUAGACUUUAGAUACCAAGCCUGUGUACACAGAAGAGGAGCUCCAGCGGUUUGAGGUGGAGCUCAGGGACAAAGAGGAGGAGCUAAAGAGGAGAGAGGAGACUCUGCGUCAGGAGCAAGAGCUGCUAAAAGAGAGAGGAAAAGCCCUGGAGGCCCAGAGGCGGGAGUACCAGCAGGUAAGUGUCCCACUGCGUUAGAUACCUGCAUGAGUUCAACCAUGUAGGGGUGAAUUGUACAUACUAAAAUGCCUGUAAUUACACAGACGAUAACUCAGCUGUAAACUUUGAUAUUUCAGGCCGUUUUAGAGAUGUCACAGAGACAGAAGGAGCAGCAGGCAGCAGAUGGGCAGCCUCCUGCAGGUCCUAAUGGAGAACUGAAGUUCCAACCAGAGACAAAUAAAGAGGAGGUUAAAGGUAAACCUCCCAGAGAUGUAAUACAUAUGUGUGCUAUUGUUAGUUUUGGUUUGUUUUAGUUGUCUUUAUGAAAUGAAUCUUUCUCUCCUUCUUUAGAUCUCACAGGGGAAAAAGUCCCAGCUGCACCUGAAGCAGAAGUCCAUAAUAAUCUGCCUGCAGAGCCUCCACAGAAUCUGCCUUUACACACUUAA